AUGAGUGAAUUAGAAGAUGAAGAUGGAAAAAAGAUUGUCGAGCCUACCGAAGCACAGAUUAAAGCCCUGCAAACAACGCAUACUGUUGAAUUUGAAGAGGGAGGGGUGAAGAAAAAAAAGGUGGUCGACUUUUCCACUCCCUUUACACUUGAAUUUAAUGGCUACUGGGGUUUCUUGACGGAGAAGGAUAAAAAAGAUUCCUCCGAAGGAAGUGAGGUUUUUGGAUUAACUAAAUCUGGUGAGAUUCAUACCAUCUCUCCAGAAGAACUUAAAACCGAUCAAGAAAAAGCCGCCUACGUGUAUGGUAAUAACCAGAGAUAUCAAGAAUGGAAAUAUAUUGAAGGCAACCACCGUCCAAUAAGUAUUGGGCUUGAAAAGAAACUUUUUUUUAAUCAUUUUGAAGAUGUAGUUGACACCAUUGCCCAUGAAUUGGCUCAUGCAAUAGUGAAUACAAUAAGAUUUGAUUAUCAUGGUGAGGAAGGAGGAGGGCAUGGAGAAUUCUUCUACAAGACAAUGAAAGAGGUUGAAGAAAUAAUUAAAGAAGACCCGGAUGGGGGAGUAGGAGUAUUGGCGAUUGGAUUAGCGGUGAUGGACCAGUGGGUUCCGGGAAAACCACCAUUGGACAAAGCAAAGGUGGUUGCUGAGUUGGAAAAAGAACGCGAACGACUUAGUUCAUCGAUAAUUAGUGAUUUAGCCUCCCAAUUGUCUCGGCUUCCAGAAUUACGAAAAAUUAUUUUGGACUUUCAACGGGAGUUAACCCAGGAAAAGGUGUUGCCGGAUGCUAAGGUUAAGGUUUUUCUGACGGCUAGUUUGGAGGAAAGAGCCAGGCGAAGGAGCAACCAAUUGAAGUUAAAUUCGGAGGAAGUGGAGAAAGAAUUACAAGCGAGAGAUGAACGAGAUAAGGGGAGAGAAAAUUCUCCCCUAAUAAAAACGGCUGAUAGUUGGGAAUUAGAUACCACUCAUUUAUCUCCAAAUGAAACUGUGGAAAAAAUAGUGCAACACAUAGAGAAAAAAUUCUUUUCAGAAAAAUAA